AUAUAACCUCCAUGACCCUGCUUUGGAGCCCAUUUCCACCUUUUGACAUGUUUCCUCUACCUCCACUUCUGGUGUUUUGAAGCUAGGUAUUGUAUAGUAUUAUUACAUCUGCCCAUCAGCAGCUGGCAAAUAUUAUAGUGUUUUAUUAAGCGUGCGUUGUUGUGUGAACCGAAUUGCUGGGGCAGUGUUAUUGUCAGGACAUCCUAUGUUUGUGGGACUGGUUGGUUGUUUUGCCCCAGCCCUUCUACACUGUAAAUAUUAUGUCUGCUGAAUUAAUACCUCCACCUUAGAGGAACCUGGCUCACAGAGAUGUUCUGUGACAGGCCUUGUGAAGCUCAGCACCUUGUCAGUCAGCCUGUCAAUCACCUGAGCUGUUACCAUGGCAGCUGGAUGUCUGUACGUGUCUCGGAUAGAGACUCACUCAGGCCAAAGAGAGAGUCCUACCUCCAAAUAAUUUUAAAGGUGUAUGACUCCACAUUGUUAGUGAAAAAGCAUAAAGAGUGCAAUGUGUGUCUGUGUGCUUCCACAUAGCCUGUUGUUGUUGAAAGGCUUAUAACAAUAUUCUCCCAGUAGGGAGGAAUGUGAGACUCUUGAUUGUGGGACGCUAUAGGCGGAGGCUAGUGCAAGAGGAACUCUCCCAUCUCAUAACUGUUGGUUACUUGGUUGUGAAUGUGUGGAGGAGUACAUGCGCUUGCACUAUCACCCUGCCAAAGCACACACAGUCCCAGAGCUCUGAGCUAACGUUAAUAACCUUCCUAAUGAGCCUGGCACUCCAUGUUCUUUAAUCACGGUGCAUAUGGGUGUCAGGUUAGCAUAGCUAGGCUAAUGUUCCUCUGCACUUUACUCUGUGUGCAUAUGGGUGUCAGUCUAGCUCAGUUAGGCUAUAGGCUAAUGUUCUAAUAGUACACUUUACUCAAGAGUGCAUGGGCCAGGUUAAACAGCAGCUGGUGCACAAGGUUUUGCUCGCCUGAGUUAGAGCUCAGCUAGGCUACUGUAAAAAAUGUCUGGGCAAGGGUUACCUCUGCUCUCUGCGCUGUUGAUAUGUUGCAGAUGCCCAGUUGUGGUUGUCAUAGUUCAACAGUGUUUCUUAACUCUCUAUUCUUGUCUCUCUGACGCCAUUGCUCCAGUUGAUGAAGUUGACCACCUGCACACCACGACGGAGGGAGAUGGGGACAGCACCCCUCUCCCAUUCAAGGGCAAGGGCAAGUUCUCUACCCUUGGCAAGAUCUUCAAACCAUGGAAGUGGAGGAAGAAGAAAAGCAGCGAGAAGUUUACGGAGACUUCAGAAGUUCUGGAGAGAAAGAUGUCGAUGAGGCGACCGAGGCAGGAGCUUAUAGAACAGGGAGUGCUGAAGGAGCUCCCGGAGAAUGAAGGGGACGAUACUCACAGCCCCAAGCAGCCCUACGUGAAGAAUGGCCACACCCUGCCCGUGGGUGGAGGUGGUGGAGGGGGCAGAGGGCAUGAGAACCAGACAAGACCCCCCUCAGACUCUGGGAUGAACCCCUCAGACUUUAAGAUUAACCCAGCCUGGCUGCCCCAGCCAGAGGACCGCAGGGUCCGCUUCCCCCCGGAUGUAGACCGCCAUGGGGACCAGGGUGGCCCCAGAGGCUCCGGACAUCAGGAGGAGGGCCAGCGAGGAGGUGGAGGACGGUCCCAGGGGGAGGGGAAGUCUAACAUGGCCUGGCAGGGCCAGGUGAUGGGCCAGGUGAUGGGCCAGGUACAGGGUAUGGGACAGGAGGAGGGUAGACGUGGGGGCAGACUACACCCUUCUGAUGGAGACAAGCGGCCGGGCCUGCAGAAGGCGCCAUCAGAGGACGGAAGGAGGAGUCGCCCUGCUGAGACAGCAUGGAAGCCCACCCUCCCCCGGCACGCGUCCGCAGAGGAGGGAAGGGCCCGUAGAGAAUCAGAUAGCCAUUUUGUGCCUGACCCAGAUUCGCUGCGGGAUACUCUCCGAGAGUCACUGCCCCCCAAACAGUCCAUUAUGCCCCCCAAGUGGCUGAUAAGCUCCACCCCCGAGCCCGGCAGCGAACCGAACCCUGCAACCACAUACUCUUCCUCCUCCUCGUCUUCCUCUGCAGUUGCAAAGCCUGCCCAAACUGUCUCAUCUGCAGGCGCCAACACCCAAUCUUCAGCAAUAGUGUCCAUUGCGCCAUCCUCCACCCCCCAGGCGACCAAGCAGCCACCCCUCCCCCUGCCGAAGCCCGUCAACAGGGGCGUUAAUGCUGCCAUGUUGGGCAACCUCACCCAGGCCGGUACCAGCCUUGUGCCAACUAAGCCCUCUCCACCGAUGCCCCCCAAGAGGACUACCCCUGUCACAAAGCGCAACCCGGAGGACCCCUCUGCGUCCACCCAGUCGGUCCCGACCCCCUCCCCCUCACUGCUUUCUCCCGAGGACCAUCAUAACCACUCAGUCGGCUUCCAGAUGCCUCCCCCUUCCCCGCCCUUACCCAACUACAUCCCCCCUUCUCCCCCCCGCCAGCAUCUGCACACGCACUACCUCCACCACCAGCACUCCUACCAACAUCCCAUCCCUCAGCCCUUGCUCUUUGACCCCCCAGCCCCACCAGUGAGCCCCCCAGCGGCUGAGGAUGACUACUCUGAGGAGGAGGAUGAUGAUGAUGAAGAGGAAGAGUACGAUGGGGAGCUUCCCCAGCCAGAGCUGGAGCCACGGAGCAGGAGGUGCAUGGUGGGAGAGCCCAGCAUCAACGUCAUCCCCGAGGGGCCCAACAGCAGUGAGGAGGAGGAGGAAGAAGAAGAGCAGGACCUGCAAAGGGAAGACAGCGACUCGGACGGGCCAGUGCUCUAUAAAGAUGAAAAUUCAGAUGAGGAUGAGGAAGAUGAGCCUCCACCCAGUGCUUUGGCCAGCAGGGUCAGAAGGAAAGACACGUUAGCUUUGAAACUGAGUAACCGACACGCCCCAGAGAAACAUGCUCGAGAGGACAAGUCCAGCAGUCACACCGAACGACGCACUCCCGGACACACACCAGGUCACACACACCAAGGGUCAACAGGGCUGACAUGGCAGAGCAGGGAGCAAUGGGAGGCCAUACGCACACAAAUAGGCUCUGCACUCACAAGGCGUCUCAGCCAGAGACCCAGUGCAGAGGAGCUGGAGCAGAGAAACAUCCUUCAACCCAAGAACCAGAUAGACAGGCAGGCGGAGGUCCGAGAGAUCAAACGUAGACUCACCAGGAAGCUGAGUGAGAGGCCCACGGUUGCUGAGCUACAGGCCAGAAAGAUCCUGCGCUUCCACGAGUAUGUGGAGGUCACCACAGCCAAUGAUUAUGAUCGGCGAGCAGACAAGCCCUGGACCAAGCUAACACCCGCCGACAAGGCUGCCAUUCGUAAGGAGCUCAAUGACUUUAAGAGCUCUGAAAUGGAGGUUCAUGAAGACAGUAGGAUCUAUACAAGGUUCCACCGGCCUUAGUAUCCACCCCAUACUGGAAAACACUUACUUAACCAGUGGCCGGCAGAGUCUCUGGAGAGGAGUCACGGGGUCUUGGUGCUCCCUAAACAGACUUCCCUUUUAUGUUGCUGAAUGUACUGUACAGAUCAUCAAGGAAGGCCCUGGAAUUGACUGAACGGAAAACAGGGGGACUGAGGACCAGAUGCAGUAUUUCUAUCAGACAAUAGGGGGUACCAAGUGCCAACAAAGUGAAGAGGUGGCAGAGGGGCUUGACCGAGAUGGCUUACUGGGAGCCACUCUGCCGAUGUGUGUUAUCCUUCAGGGUUCCACUGACAACGACCUUUUGCCACCUCUUUCGAUGUUGCCUUUUUUCUGAUUUUACUCUGUAUGGCACAGUUAACCCAUGUUGCAGAGAUGUAAAUGUAAUAACAUUACAGUAAUAAUAGUCCUAAUAAUGACAGCUACAAUAAUAAACACAUUAAUAAUAAAUGUUAGAGACGAAGCUGCAGAAAGAGAAUGAGGAGGAAGACGACUGUGGGAUUUGCCAUUCUCCUAACUGGAAAAGCUCUGCGAUUUUUGUGCACUUCUGUAUAGAUUUCUGUGAUUUCUUAGACUGAAACUUGAGUUCUAAUAAUGACAACUGUAAUGCAUAAUAUUUUGAUCACAUCAGAAAUUACUGCUUUUAUUUGAACCUGUUUCAAUAGUGUGCAUUUUUACAUUUUAAUAAUUUAGCAGACACUCAUCCAGAGUGAUUUACAGGAGCAAUUAUGGUUAAGUGCCUUGCUCAAGGGCACAGCGGCAGAUUUGUCACCUAGUCCGCUUGGGGAUUCGAUCAGCGAACUUUUGGUUACUGGCCCAACGUUCUUAACAGCUAGCCUGCCUUGCCUGUAUUUAUAUUUGGCUGUGACGCGGGGUGAGCAUUUGAGCUUUAACUAGUCAUAGGAAAGAACACAACGAGGAGGUAGUUGGUGUGCUUUUCUUGUUUUGUUUUUUUUUGUCAUUUUUUUUUUGCCAGACUGUGAUCCCCAUGCUGACAGUAGAAUGCUGUUUUCAUAUCACAUAUUUCUUCAUUUCGCUGCAUGAGCCAACACACAGUGCAAUUGUUGAAUCAACACUUUUUUUAUUUACGUUUUUUUGUGUGUUUUUUGUACUUCUCUACAUAGGUCAAACCAUGCAAUGCUGCAAAUAAUAGCUGUUUUAAAAUGCUAAGAUUAUGAUGAUGGCAUCUUAAAUAAAACAAAAGUUUAAAUGUUACAUUCUGUAAAGAUUUGUAUCAAAGUGCAGUUGGCAUAGAUCAGGAUUUGAUGAAAAUUACACAAUUAGUGGAUUUUACGGUUGACAGGGAAUCAUUUCGGCAGGAAAAUACUUUUUUAUCUAGAGAAAUGUUACAUGCGUUGUAUUCUGGCCAGUAGAUUACAGAGUCCUUUAAUGUACAGAUGCAUUUAGGUUACUGUUGUGUAUAUAUUGUUCUUCCUUAUUAUUUGAAAAUAAAUGUUAACUAUAAUAGUAUUAUAGGUUGCUAUUUUUCUAAGCACAAAAUAUUACUGUAUGAUUAAACACUACAACAAUGGGAAUCUUUAAGUGUUCAGUUUAACUUAGUUUUUUUACGAAAUGUGGAAUUUUAGUAACUGCCUGUAAAUAGUCACCUAUAAUUAAAAACCUUAAAUCAC